CCCAGAGCGAUCAAUGUUGCGCUGCAUGGCGAACCCCCCCCCCCCCCACAAAGGACCAACAAGCCAUUGUGCAUCGGGCGGAAACCCUCACAGGGUAUAUGAGGCCGUCGCCCUCGGUCGCUCUCUGACCCUGGUGUCUUUGCUCCCUGGGUUUCUCAACUUUCACCUUCACCUCGUGAUAUUCCUCAUCCAGCCCAUCGCGAAGACAGAUCGCAUUCGUGGAGGUGUUUGUUCUCUUUUAUUUCAAGGCCCCUGCCAUUCUAGUUCUCCUCGCAUUUUGAUCCAGAUUUUCCCCCCAACCAAUCAAGCACAAACACACAAUGGCCGACACGGUGCAGCAGACGGCGGUCGAGAAGGACAUCGGUGAGACCACCAGCGCCGCGAACCCCAAUGGCGUGAACACGGUCCAGCACCGGAGCUUCGACCCUCGGAAACCCAUGGCCAGCAUCCACCAGGAUGACCAGCCGCGCCUGCCCGCCUUCGGUGGUGAAUUCCAGCCCGGUCUCUGGCGGCCGAUCGAGCACCGCAAGUUCGCCAACCCUGCGCCGCUGGGUCUCAGCGCUUUUGCCCUGACUACAUUCGUGCUCUCCUGCGUCAACCUGGGCGCGCGUGACGUGUCUGUCCCCAACAUUGCCGUCCCGCUCGCCUUCGGCUAUGGCGGUCUCGUCCAGCUUCUCGCCGGCAUGUGGGAAAUGGCCGUCGGCAACACCUUUGGUGCCACCGCGCUCUCGUCCUACGGCGGUUUUUGGAUUGCUUACGGCAUCCUGCUGACCCCCAACUGGAACAUCACCGGCAAGGGAGGCCCGUACGAUCAGGCAUCCGACAUCGACCCGCACAUGGUUAACUCGGCCAUCGGCUUCUUCCUGACCGGCUGGUUCAUCUUCACCACUAUCUUGCUGCUGUGCACCCUGCGCUCGACCGUCAUGUUCUUCCUGCUCUUCUUCACCCUUGAUUUGGCCUUCCUCAUGCUUGCCUGCGGCGAAUAUGCCACCAACAACGGCGCUUUAUCAUCGGCCAAGAAGCUCACUCAGGCCGGCGGCGGCUUUGGCAUGGUCGCAGCCUUCCUGGCCUGGUACAAUGCCUUUGCCGGUAUUGCCGAUAGCAGCAACUCCUUCUUCCUCAUCCCUGUCUUCCACUUCCCGUGGUCCGAGAAGGGUCGUGAGGCUCGCCUUGCCAAGACGUCUAGCCGCACCACUGCUUAGAUGACACGCCGCUAGUGUGCGGUCCUUUUUUAUACAAUCGGAUCUUUUUUUUCAAAGUAAUUGAACGCGCGUCUCUUGGGGACUGUGUGUAUUGUGAAUGGGACCCGCAACUGCUGCUUGCCUUGGCAGUGAGGGAGAGAUGUGGUCAAUGCCUCCUUCCCACCCGUCCCUCCUCUCCUGCGGGUAUUCUUGCCACGGCGAAGUUGUGGGGCGUGGAGAUUUGGGAAGCCGGCUUGACAGAGUGGAUAUAUAAUAUUAUCGGCUGUUAUUAAUGAUACAAACCACAAGAAGAACAGAUGAACUCUGUGGUCAAUUUCCCCACGUUGUGGGUCAUCCGCAUUGACGUCCCUCCU